AUGUACACGACACAGGAUAAGGGGGAUACUGUCCCAUCUUCCAUGAAACGGAAAGCAGCAGAAGCCGCCAAUACCAUUACCUUCACGUCACGCAAUCCACCAUGGACCUAUCUCAAGCUACAGCUGAUCCCUCAACCCGGUUCCUCAUCCCUACAACCCCUUGACGACCUCUCCGCCCGCACCUAUCUCUCCGCCGCUCUAUCCCAAUUCCUCGGCCUAACGGGCACAGCCAUCCCAAUUGAUAUCCUAAAAAUAGAGCUCGCGUCCUCUACAGCUCAAAAAUACGACACUGCCUGGAUUCGUGUUCCAAGGGAUGAUGGAGCGCCCGUCGUCGGCGCACUAAGCUCUUGGGUUGGCAGUGGGAGCGUGAAUGUUGCAUGGCGGGUAUGCGCCAAGGGGAAUUACCUGGGUGCGCUGGUUGCUGGCUCCGGGCGGGACUUAUUCGUUCCUUAG